AUGAAUACACGAAGGGCUAACGCUAGAAGAAUAGAGGGUGACAAUGUGAAUGAAGAAGCUCCUCAGGCUAAUCAAGCUCCUCAAGCUAAUAAAGCUCCGAUUAAUCCUUCAGCUAUGUCGGAUAUGGAGUUAGUAAAAGCAAAAAAACAAAUAAAAUUGCCUCCAGGUCCAUGGAGACUUCCCUUUAUUGGAAGUUUGCAUCAUUUAAUCGGAAGAGGACCUCUGCAUUGCACUCUUAGAAAUUUCGCACAAAGGUAUGGUCCUCUGAUGUACUUACAACUUGGGGAAAUUCCUGUAGUAAUCAUAUCAUCACCUACUAUUGCAAAAGAACUUCUAACAACUCACGAUCUCGCCUUUUCUGAUAGACCACAAUCUAUGUCUACAAACAUCACAUUUUACAAUAAUAAAAACAUUGCAUUUUGUCCACAUGAUAAUUACUGGAAACAAAUGCGUAAAAUUUGUAAUGUACAACUUCUUAGUGUAAAGAUGGUCAAGUCCUUUGGUGCGAUUAGAAAAGAUGAGAUUUCAAGUCCUGUUUCAUCAAUUCGUUCCACGAAGGGUUCUCCAAUUAACAUGACAGAAAAGAUCUUUUGGUUUACCAACUCUGUCACUUGUAGCGCACCCUUUGGGAAAAUAUUCAAAAAUCGAGAUGAGUUUAUAAAAUUGUUGAAGGAUAUGGUCAUAUUAGUGUCGGGAUUUGAUGUUGCUGAUUUUUUCCUUCUUGGAAGUUACAAACUGAGUGGUGUGGAAUCUAGAUUGAUGAAUGUCCAUAAAAAAGUCGAUGAAAUUAUGGAAGACAUCUUAAAGGAGCAUCUUGAAAAUAAAGCAACUAGGAACAAGGGAAUUGGUGAAUUUGGAGGUGAAGAUUUGGUUGAUGUUUUACUUAGGGUUACAGAGGACGCUGAACUUGAAUGUCCAUUCACAAACGACCAUAUUAAAGCUGUGAUUCUUGACAUUUUUGUUGCUGGAAGUGAACCUUCAGUUGCAAUUACUAUUUGGGUACUAUUAGAAAUUUUGAAAAACCCAAAUAUUAUGGCGAAGACCCAAAAGGAAGUGAGACAAGUCUUUAAGGGAAAGAAACAUUAUGAUGAUGAAGAAAAUAUGGAAAAAUUGACAUACCUAAACUUAGUGAUUAAGGAGACAUUAAGCUUACAUACACCAACUCCUCUUCUUCCGCCUAGAAAAUGUAGGGAGCAAAUAUAUAUUGAUGGAUGCACCAUACCUCUUAAAACUAAGAUAUUUGUUAAUGCGUGGGCACUUGUGAGUGAUUCAGAAAGUUGGCAUGAUCCUGAAAGUUUUAUACCAGAGAGAUUUGAGAAUUCUUCUAUUGAUUUUAUGGGAAAUCAUUUUGAGUUUAUUCCAUUUGGUUAUGGAAGAAGGAUUUGUCCAAGAAUUCUAUUUGGUUUAUUUAAUGUUAAACUUCAUUUGGCUAAGUUACUCUACCAUUUUGAAUGGGAACUACCAUAUGGAAUGAAUCUAAAAGAAUUGGAUACGGCGGAAACACAUGGAUUAAGUGGAGCGAAACAAAAAGAUCUGUAUUUAGUUGCCAGAUCAUGA